CACAUUUUCCCUCUUGCCCGAUCCCUCUACCACUUACUACUCUGAGACCUUUAAGAUCACCGGGACAAGCUGGUUUGAUUCAAAUGCCAAUAAGCCUAUGAUCAGUCGACUUGGUGUCCAAGCAUUCCCGUUCAAUUGCAAACUGCACGACGCUCGUCGACUUUGAGGAAGCUUUGGGAUUGAAUGCUAUCCCCGGAUAUCCGGCAGCCGGUGGUCCGUUGGUCUGCAAGGAAGAUUCCCCUCUUUCCUUCCUUCCACUACUGCGCUUUGCUUUUCUCCCGUCGACGACUCCCCCUCCUCACAUUUUUCUGAUCAUUGCUCACCUCUCCCGCCCUGUUUGCUCUUGGAUACGUAUUCUCGACACUCUUGCGGAUCGAAUGACACCCAUUUUGUGGGGGUUUGUUUUGUGGGUUGUAGAUGCCAUGCAAUAGUGUCUUCAACACUAUCGUAUUUGCGACUUGUUACAAUUCUGAGGCUUUCCACCUGUACCCAUCGCAUCUCCCGUCAAAUCUGACCACGGCAUCGAAUUCUCGAGAACUCUACGAGUCCAACGAUACCGGUUGUUCCGCGUAAGGCUCAAACCCAACCAUGCCAGCACGCGUUUUCUUCUGUGGUGCACAUUUCAUUCUUGCAAUGUCUGGGUCCGUGCGGUUUCAUUGAUACCAAGCAUGCCGUUGCAGGCACAGCGGGCGCAGUGUGAUGGUUCAAAAGUCAAAGGCUUUAAGAUCAGCAGAGGGGAUUGCCUACAUCUACCGUUUGUCUCUAUUCGAGCACCGACUUCUUCUUGGAUGCUGGAAUCAUCACUUUGCGUGAAAGGUUCACCGUAAUAUAGAUUAUUUGUCGAAGGUUGACCACUUCGUGUAGUUGUGCACGUCUUUGUUCAUCUCAUGCUAGCCACUCAAAUCUCUUCUCUAUCGAAAGUCGUGUUUCCGGAAAAUGGCGGAUACUCACAGGGUCGUCUAGAUAUUCGAGUGAAUGAGUUGUGGUAGAGGCAGGAUGAGGUUGAAAGGUGUUAUAGAGGAUUUCACUUCGGAGAUGUCAUUAGUAUUGUACCGAAGGUUCCACCUCAUUUCCCAGAAAGUGUAUAGAUUGUCACCGCUUUGUAUAAGCAAAUGUCGACCUUUCGACGUCUCGUUGAUCGGUCGUUUAUCAGAUCAACCAAUCCCCUGCUUUCCUGUUCUCAAUGUUGUGCCGUCUCAAUUGUCUGUAGACGGCAAACAUCCCAGACAUUUGCACGAUCUCUGCUGUGGUCUCGCGCACUCCUGCCGCUCUCGAACCCAAAGCCCGUUCAUUGCAAAUGUCGCCUAUCUCCAAGUCUACCACAUGUAUUUUCCCUUGCUUCGAAUUCCACACCAUCUAUUCGAAAUUAUCUUGCAUGCUCAAUUGUCACCUGCCCCUACUUUCUAUUGGUUUAUUCGUUUGGUACGCCUUGCUAUGUUUCAUUUCUAUUUCCUUCUCUAUAUUUCAUCCUGCGGGCGAGAGAUUCGCAAUUCGAAGUCCUCAACGCUUUACGUAGUAGAUAGCUUUAGACGUGACGAAACGUACACAGUAAGUACAUCGGGUUUAUGUUUUUUUAAUUUACCUCCCAAUCAUGUUGACGUAUUCGUCUAUAGACCGGAUACUGGUUCUUUGGUGAAGCAGCUCAUGUCUGCAAAUGACGGCUUGCCGUCAUCAAUACUUUACUAUCCCACCGUUCUCGAUCUCACAGCAUUCCCUCUUGAAAUGUCGUCUUCACCCUCUCCAAAACAUUUCGUGCCCCUGGAUGAGGUCUCAUGCUAUGCUCGUAUCGAUAGUCUUCCCCUUGUUCCGAAGUGGCUGCAUUAAGAUCGACUACACAAUCAGGAAUCGUGGUCUGCUCAGUGUGAGGACGUUGCAGCAUGCCGUCUGAACACGAUGGCUUGCUAUCGGUUUCCUCUUCCCUUUCCUGUCGACACGCUGGGUUCACGCUCUCUGGUCAUUCUCCAGCAAUACUUUAGAUUCAUUUUGCUCUCCCAUCCCUCUCGCUCUCACAUGUCGACAUCUCCACGCCCCACUUUGCGACAGGCUUUUCAUAUCCUAGAGCCACAUCUAUUGCUACGGCGUCGUUGCGCCUGACGUAGCCCUCGAUUCGGAGUGGCUAUCGGAAUGCCUUCAUUCCUCGGCUAAUCACCCUGUUUCAAGAUAUCCUUUCGUCUCGAACUUGUUGCCUACAGGGUCUCUUCGAAGCAGAGACAUCGAAGGCGUCGUCCGUAGACGACGACCCUUGCCAUUCUUUCCCAUCAGUCUCAUGUUGUUGCGUUGCUCCCUUCGCCGCGACACGUCCAUAGACAACAAGUUGUGAGUCUCGGAUUGGCGUCUGGGCAAGUGACUGAGUCACUCGACUCACCCUCACAACGAGCAACGUCUUCCGUGUUUCGCUAGCAACACUGCCUCGAGUGA